AUGAGUCCUCAUAGAAUUCCAGUCCUUCCCUCACGCGACGCACUCCAUCAGUAUGGUAUCUCAAAGAACGGAUUCUUACCUGCUGAGCCACCUUUACGCCAAUUACCGCAUGGCUAUUACCGACCCUGGGAGAGGAUCGUUGAACAUCUCCCAGUACUUAUCGAGAGGCAGCAGAUAAGAGAAUGGGUAGACGAGCUGCCAGUCCUCGAAACCUCGCAUCUUUCUAGCGAAGCAGAGUGGCAAAGAGCCCAUUCGCUAUUGGCGGUUAUAGCUCAGGGAUAUAUUUGGACUGGCCCCGAGCCAUCACAACGACUACCUCCUGCAAUCUCUGUGCCUUUCCUCCAGACUGCUGAGCGUCUCGAGGUCCACCCAGUCGCCACAUACGCAGCACUAAACUUAUGGAACUGGACACCGCUUAGCGACGACGCCGACUUGACGCAACCAGAAAACAUGAUCGCAUUGCACACUGCAACCGGCAGUGAUGACGAAUCGUGGUUCUUUAUAAUCUCCAAUGCCAUGGAGGCAAGGGCCGGGCCAUUGAUUGAAGCCAUGCUUGGUGCUAUGGAAGCGGCUGAGCUCAACGACGCUGAGACUGUUAUUCGUGCUCUGCAGUACUUCGAAAGUGGCAUGAAGAGUAUUGGUCAGCUUCUGGAACGCAUGGACGAGCGAUGCGACGCACAAGUAUUCUACCAUGAGAUUCGUCCCUUUCUUAGUGGCAGCAUGAACAUGAGUGCUGCAGGACUACCAAAUGGGGUGUUCUACGAUGAAGGCGACGGAAAAGGUUCGUGGCGGAUGUAUCGAGGUGGCUCCAAUGGUCAGUCGUCAUUACUACAAUUCUUCGAUGCCGUUCUAUCGGUGGAUCACUCCAGAAGCGGUGGCUUCCAUGCAGAGAUGCGUGGCUAUAUGCCAGGGCCCCACGCUAGAUUCCUCGACGACGUGCAGGCGAUUGCAAAUAUUCGCAACUACGUGGAUUGCCAUCCAGAGAACAGGGACCUCCUUUCGGCUUUCAAUGAAGCAAUCGCGGCACUUAGCGCUUUCCGCGACAAACACAUCGCACUAGUAACCAGGUACAUCAUCAUACCAAGCCGCAUGGGAAAGCCAACUACUGCGAUAAAGAGAAGGGACAUCGCAUCCGCCUCCACUAAGAUGGUCGCCGAGAAGCCAAAGACACAAGAAUUGGUUGGGACUGGUGGAACCAAGCUUAUCCCCUUCCUAAGAACUUCUCGGGACGAGACCAGCGAAACGAAAGUCGUACAUUGA